AUGGACGCUGAGACCCAGCACUCGCAAGACCAUGGCUUUGCGAGUUCUCAUUGGGAUGAUAUCGGAGCUUUCAAUUCUCCUCAUCAUCCUUUAGGUGAUUAUCAAGGGUUUCCAUUUGGCACCUCACAAAUUGUGCCUUUGGAGCCAGCGUAUAACAUGUCGCUAUCGCAGCCGUAUACACCGCAACCGCUGGGCCCUCUGACGAUGCCUCCAGCAUGGCCAGCCAUGUUGUCAACUCAACCGACUUACGGUCCAGUUCCAUUAGCACCAAUGCCUAUAUCGUCGCUCGUCCACUUGCAAAACGUGCAUACUCCUCACGUUCCGCAUUCACCUGCCCCACGACGAACGCUGACAGAUACGGACCGUCGCAAUAUGUGCAUGUACCAUGAAGAAAACCCCCAUGUGAAACAGACGGAGAUUGGAGCUAUGUUUGGUGUUGAGAGAAGUACUGUAUCGAAAGUGCUACGCCAGAAAGAGAAAUAUCUUUAUCCAGAAGAAGGCAGCACGUCUCCUACUAAAAGGUCUAAGGUCAAAUUCCCCGACAUCGAGAAGGCUUUGUCUAACUGGGCCCGAAACCAUCAACGUCAAGGCAGGGAUCUGAGCGACGCUAUGAUCAAGGAAAAAGCGUUGUUCUUUGCAAAUAGUGUUGGUAAUGGCGAUGGACACCAAAAGCUUUUGAACUCAGCUUGGCUGGAGAAAUUCAAGAAAAAAAAUGGCUUGUUUGUAACACAAACACGCAAGAACUCCAUCGAUACGGGAAAUACUUCUGAAACUACUUCUACUGUUAACUCUGGGACGCAAACUCCCUGUAGUCGCUCUCCCCUGUCCCCUUCCAUUCCUACGAGCCCUUCACCCAUCUCCCCUAAAAAAGAAUUCGAUGUAUUCAGGAAAGGGAGCAUCGAUUGCAUAACAACGCAGAGAACCGAAGAUUUCUCACACGUGUUCUCGCCCACCACUUCCCCUCUUGAAACCAUUGCCAUGUCGAAUCAUAUAAGCUCCGCUUUCAUAUCAGAGAAGGAUUCCACUGGACACCAGCCGAAGAAGCAGAGAAGCCAAACACUAGAAAUACCAUCUUUAGAGCAGAAAUUUAUUUCCGAUGAAUCAGCGGACCCUGGCCGCCCACAAGUCCUGCAGCCCUCUGUCAUCGAAGACACCGCGAAUGGAAUUACUGAUGAGACAGUCAUCACGAACGGGCGUCCUCGACCAGAGAUCAACACUGAAUCCAUACAAUCGCCCAUAUUCUCCCAAUCUAAUCCUAUAUCCCCUAUCAGUUCACCCAGCUCCCCAACGCAGGACGAAGCACGGCAAGCACUUGAGCUAGUGAAAAGCUAUUUCCGCAACCGACCAUCUGGUGUUGAAACACAAGAUCUUGCGAUGAUCAACAAACUCAUCUGUACACUUGAUCUUGUCCACACCCGAAAUCCUACGCUGGACCCUAUUGAUGAACAUACCGACUUCCCACGGAUGACAAAGAAAAGGAGCAUUCAUGCCUUGUGA